AAUUAUUUGAAAAACGCUGAGAAUGUAGAAGUUAUGGACCCACUGAGCACAUCACAAGAUGCCAUGAACGCAUACUUUAAUGCAGCGCAUAAUUCACCUGUUCAGGCAGAGGAAAAUCAGCCUGUUGUGAGACCCAAAGAACCUGUUGGGAGACCACUCUCGCAAUUGUUAAAUAUUGAGAGCUUACAACAAGAAAAUACUCAGAGAAUGUUUACGUUGCCGACUCAGAUUCCCACACAUACAAGUCCCAAUAAUUUCUCAACGAACACAAGUCAACAGUCUGCAAUUUUAACAACUGUUCUUGAAAAGCAGAAUCAAUUAACAGACAUAAUGGUUAAACAACAAAGACUCUCUACACUGCCAAAAAUCAAUCUGAUUGUUUUUGAUGGAGACAUUCUUCAGUAUCAGUCAUUCAUGCAAACGUUUGAACAUGUUAUUGAAAGGAAGAGCAAAGAUGACCAAGACAGAUUUCACUUUUUAAUGCAGUACACAAAGGGUCAAGCGCAUGAUCUUGUGAAGAGUUGUCAGCACAUGGCGGCAAGUAGAGGCUACCUCAAAGCAAAGCAACUGCUGAAAGAGACCUUUGGUAAUGAGUAUAGACUUUCUUGUGCAUAUAUGGAAAAGGCUCUAAAUUGGCCUGUAAUCAAAUCGGAAGAUCCCAAGUCAUUGAAAGAAUACGCUUUGUUUCUCAGAACAUGUUGUAAUGCUAUGGAAGAUCUACACUACAUGGAUGAAUUGAACACUGUGACUAACUUAAGAAAUGUUAUGCUGAAACUCCCAUUCAGGUUGAGAGCAAAAUGGCGUGCAGAAGCACACGAGCUGCAGACCAUGGGUAGGAUUAAAAUGCUUGAUUUAGUCACUUUCAUUGAAAGACAAUCCAGCAUAUUGUCAGACCCAAUCUAUGGCAACAUCCAGGAUGCAAGCUCUGUCCGUGGAAAACCCAAGGUAACACCGAAACCAAAAUCUAAAGGAACAUUUGCCACAAAUGUAAAUGUGAGUCCACAAGAACACAGAAAUGCAUAUCUUUCGUGUAUGUUUUGUAAUGGAGCUCAUGAAUUGGAAGCAUGUUUGCAUUUCAAAUCAAAACUGCAUAAAGAAAAAAUUGCAUUCCUUAAACAAAAUGGAGUAUGUUUUGGAUGUUUGAAAAAGGUUGGACAUUUGAGUAAAGAUUGCCCAAAGCGGCUUAACUGUUCAAUUUGUAAAAAUAAUCAUCCCAGUAUGCUACACAUUAAUGCAGAGCGAUCUGUUCCAGCUCCUGUUAACAGCGCACAGGUGUCACUCAGAGCUGGAGAACACGCCGGGGCCGGUGACCGGGACAAUGGUGCAGACUGCUUGCUGUCUAUUGUUCCUGUGAAAGUGAAACACGCUAAAGGAAGCAAAAUUAUACAAACAUACGCCUUUCUUGAUCCAGGAAGUUCGGCUACAUUUUGCACAACUAACCUUAUGAACAAAUUAAAUCUUUCAGGAAGGAAAACCAACAUACUGCUCCGUACCAUGUCGCAAGAGAAGGCCACAUCUGCAAACAUCAUUACAGGCCUGGAGGUGAGCGCCAUUGAUUCCAGGGAGUUCAUCAACUUACCUGAGGUGUACACCCAGAGCAACAUGCCAGUGAGCACCAACAGCAUACCCAGUGAAGUUGAACUCAGAGCUUUCACCUACUUGAAAGAGGUAAAGAUUCCCAGAAUCAAAGCGAAUGUGGAGUUGUUGAUUGGCAGCAAUGCUCCAAAGGCGCUUGAACCAUGGGAAGUUAUUAACAGCGAAGAUAAUGGACCAUACGCUGUGAGAACAGUUCUUGGAUGGGUCAUAAACGGACCAAUGCAAAGACCAAGAACAACAAGCCAUUGAAUUGGUCAAGCAGGUCUCUUCACUGUGUGAGAAAGGAGGAUUCCACCUGACCAAGUGGCAGAGCAACAGCA